GACAACGCACAUGCCUUGGGGUAAGAAGCUCUCCCACCAGCCUGCAAAAAUUAGGAUCCCUUCGUACCUUCGUAUUACCAGCCUUCAUCUCAUCUCGAAACCGUCAUCCAAUUGACAGUAACGCUUGCCCAAUCAGGGUCACCCCGCCCAGGGCCACCCGCCACCGCUACUGCGCCACACCAGCGAGAUUUCGGCGCUCAGCCACGUCUGAUAAUCCUAACCAUCAUCCUCCUCCCCAGGGACAGCCAUGGAAACUAUCCGGACGAGUGUCUCGGCUUUUGUCAAUCGCAUUCACGAGCGCGCCGUCACGAACCUUGAGGUGAUGUUCGUAUCAUCUCUGUUCAUCGCAUUCAUCAUCUUUCACCGGCGGAACUAUCGUCAGAGCCAUCGCCAGGAGCCAGCCGUCAUCUACAGACCCCUCAAUGAGCGAAGAAAUGAGAUCCGGGUGCUCUCAUUCGAUCCGCAACCCACGCGCUCCGUCUCGCUUUCACUAGAUGAUCUGGACCGUGAAGGAAAAGAUGUCCGGGGAGCGCCUGCGGGAGACCUACUAGAAUGUACCAUUGAGCAUGUCUCACUGGAUGCCAUGUCUAUAGCUUGGCAAAGACACCAGAAUUCUAGAGAUUCUCUGAGAUGGCAAGAUUCUUUCUCCAGCAUCAUUGAUGACCGCGAUGCGCUCAUCAAUCGACAAUGGUCGGAGCUCCCAAGUUCGUAUUUCGGAGAUUGGAGCUACCUAAACCUCUUUCGCUACGAAUGGGGCGAUUUCGAGUGUUUAUCAUAUACAUGGGGAAACCAAACGACCCGCAAGAAAAUUCGCAUCAAUGGAACCAUUACAGACGUACCAGAAAAUCUUGAAACAGCCCUUCGGCAUCUUCGUGCUCUACCGGAGACUCGUGUUGGCAUGAGAUACUGGGUAGACGCUUUGUGCAUCAAUCAAGACGAUGUUUCGGAGAAGAGCUAUCAAGUGAAGCGUAUGGGAGAGAUAUAUGGCAGAUGUAGAUCCGUCAUCGCCUGGCUUGGUAGACCCGGCCCCUUCAAUACGGACGAGUUAGCUGUGCUUGUCAUGAAAACUAUAUUACGAUAUUGGACAUCAUUCACAACGACUGCUGGCAUAGACAUGGUGCUAAACCGGGAAAUGGCGUUCUGUGACUAUCUGGGAGCCAAUGAAAUAUGGCCUAGCCGCCAAGAGUGGAGUGCUUUCAGUCAUUUUCUCAGCAGGCCGUACUGGAGACGACUCUGGAUCAUACAAGAAUUGGCCUCCAAUCACAAUUCGACCCUCUUUAUAUGUGGACACCACCCCAUUACUAGGAGCAUGAUCCGAGCCGCGGUCUUUCUUGCUAGGUACCGAUCUCAUAUUAUAGACAACAUGUUAGAACCUGGUAUCGGUCUCCGGCAAACCCUCCAGAAGCGCCACUUCUUUAUUAAGUCGCGGCAUGUUGAAGCAUUGACCCUUCUAGUCAGCAACACCAACCUUGCCUCCGGACUGGACACGCUCUUAGAUCUUUGCCAAACUGCUGACUCUUCUGAUCCCAGAGACAAGAUAUAUGGCUUGAUGGGGCUGUUCGACAACGCCAUCUCGAGUCGCGUUAAGCCAGAUUACCGUCUUUCGGAGAGACAAGUCUUCACUCACUUUGCGAAAACCCUGAUCGAAGCCACUAGGCGUCUAGAUCUUUUAUUCUGCUGGUCGGCUCCCACUAUUCCGGACGCUUGGCCAUCUUGGGUGCCCCGAUGGACUCGGGCCCACGACCGCUACCCGUUUGAAUGGCUAAAUGACCGUAGAGCUGUAAAGACCCGGACGUCGGCUUUUUACUCGGCUCGCAUCCUUUUCAAUCGAAUACUAUUCGUCCGGGGAUACUUGAUCGAUACCAUCGACGGUACCGCCAGUUCAGGAUCCGACAGCGACGGUGUCUUGCAACCUCAAGAGCUGGGGAACCUUCACUCCGGCUAUCAUAUCCGGCAUUACAAGACCACCGAUGGUGUAUCUGAUGCGCUUUGUCGAACUCUUCUGAUGAACCACCCACUAUAUAAACCGGCCUUCAACAUCUUAGCCGCUGGUCGGAUGUCGUCGUUACAGACCCAAUACCAGAACGUGAGAACCCUGUCCGAUUCCAUACGAGAAGACACUGAGAUUCACGGUUUCCGUAAAUGGUGCCGUGCCAAUAGAGAAUUUGUAGUCUUUGGAAAGCAACUAAAUGAAUACAUAUCCGGACCGGUGGCCAAUUCUACUGAAGCAACUCCUUCUGUGAACGAUGAUUCGGAGAACAUCAACCUAGUCGUGCUCUCUUUGUCUGGCAGGAGACUCAUCAUCACAGCAACCGGAUACCUAGGCUUAGCUCCUAAAGCUAGUCAAACCGGUGAUAUCAUCGCGACGGUUCUAGGUUGCAGCUUUCCAGUGAUUUUUAGGCCAUGCGGAGAUUUGUAUAGGGUUGUUGGGGAGUGCUACGUUGAUGGUCUUAUGGACGACGAAGCUAUGGAUCUCGCAAUUGAGGGAAAGAUAUCGCAAAGACUCAUUGGCAUCAUCUGAGACCGACAUAGGAUUUAGGACUUUU